AUGUUGUGCAAUAACAUUGCUUUUUGCAUUUAUCAGAAGUUACAGAAAAAGAAAGAAGAUCAAUGAUUACCAUUUUUAACCAUAAAAAGGCUCAUAUUGUUCAGUCUUUAGCAUUUGGAGGAAAAGUAGAUGCCUCAUGGAAUCCUAAUUCACCAUUCAAGCAAACCUCUGUCCAGAGAGUACCUUCAGAUUUUACAUUUGCAAAUAACGUAGACAAAACUGUAUUUGAUGACCCAGAAGAUGCUGUUUUCGUAAGGUCCCUGAAGAGAUCAGUGAUGACUUUCACCUCUAUGAACUGGGACACAGUUCCAACACGAGAGGAAAAACAGCUUGAAGGAACAGGCACAAAACCUGCUCAAAUGCUCAAAAUCACACUGAGAUAAUCCCCGGUAUUUCUAGCAAUCCAACUAGUAUUCGGUUGUGUAUUGAACUUCCCUGCCACUUAGUAUAUUAUAUAUGUGUUAUGAUGGGUUUUGAAACAUUUAAAUGUGAACAGAAACACCAAAAAUGAAAAAUUAUUUCUACGUUUUAGUUUUAUUCAUGGAAAGUUUUCAUUAAAGUAAAAAUAUGCAGUAAUCCCCCUUAUGCACAGUUUCACUUUCCACUGUUUCAAUGGCCUGUGUGGUCAACUGCAGCCUGAAAAUAGGUGAGUACAGUACAAUAAGGUCACUAGGAAAGAAAGACCACAUUCAUAUAACUUGUAUGACAGUGGAUUAUUAUGAUCGUGCUAUUGUACAGUUAUUGCUGUUAAUCUGUUGCUUUGCUGAAUUUAUAAAUUAAACCUUAUCAUAAGUACAUAUAGAGAAAACCACAGUACUGUCUAUGAUGUCAGGCAUCCCCUGGGGUCUUAGUCCCCCACAGAUAAAGGGGGAUUACUUUAUAAAAAAAAGUGCACAAAUCAUAACAGUUAAAUUUUUUAAAAAUGACAUGUUUAUGUAACCAGCAUCCUAAAUCAAAAGCUAGGAUAUUGCCAGCACUCCAAAAGAGCCCCU